AUGUCCACAAUAAAGGUAUGUUUUUCUCUAAAUCCUACAAUUUUUAUUCAUUUUAAUUUCUAAUUACCAGAUCUUAUUUGAACAAAUCGAAACUGGUUCGAGUCAAAUUCUAACAGAUUGUGAUUUGCAAUCAGUUGUCAUUCGAUGUGAACAAUCAACAGAAUCAUCGAAAAAAAUCAAGUUUCGAGAUGCAAAAACUGGCACUGAUGUUUCAAUUUCGGAUAAAUGUAUUGGACCGAGUUGUCUGAAAAUGAACGCUGGAACAAGUUAUGAAUUUCAGAAAUUGAAUGCUACACAGGUUAGAUUCAGUUUUUUUCCAUUUAAAAUCAGCGAAAUCAACAUUUAGAUUCAUCGCGCGAUAAAUGAUCCAAAGCUGACUGAAUUUCUAAAUCGAGUGUAUCCUCUGUGAGUCUUACUGUACAUUUCAAGAUCUCAAAAACAUUUUUCUUCCAGGCUGAAAGAAGAGCUUGAUGACAGUAAUUUGUUCAAUAAACUUUGA